CGGAAGUCGUUGCCUGAACUUCAACGGCUGUCAGUAGAGUCGCUUUAUCCUCCACAUGUCCUAGUGUUAAUAAUCUGCGAGAAAACUGUUGUCAUGGCAGAUUUUAGUUCACGCUUUGACAUGCCGUCGGCUAGUUUGUCAGAAUCUACCGAUGCUUCGGAGCUUCAGCGUCUGAUUGCUGUAGAGCAGCAGAAAGCGCAGUUUCAAGCGCAGGUUCACAACUUUACUGAUGUUUGCUGGGAUAAGUGUGUGGACAAACCGAGUAGCAAAUUGGACUCACGAACUGAGACGUGUCUCGUAAGCUGCGUGGAACGUUUCAUCGACACAACCCUCACCAUCACGAAUCGCUUUACACAGAUGGUCCAGAAGGGCGCGCAUUGAUGAAGGACAGAGUGUCCUCAAGGACAGUUGGCACAUAUUCUUUUUAUUUUCAUGGUGUCCUGUUUGCUUUCCCGUGGUGCAUCUAAGAGACUUACUGUAAUGCCCAAAGCCUUGUCUCACAAUCUAACAAUAAACGUUUAUGAGAGUAUAGCUGAUCCAUUGGAACAGCCAGCAAAGAGUAUUCGCAACAGUGCAGUGACGAACGAUUGUUUGAUGGCUAUUGUCAUCAGGACACGUAGUUUCCUUUUUGCAGUAUUAUUUGCAUCACAACAAUACUCCACAUCUGUAAAACUAACCAGGGUUCGAUUGUGAACUUAAAUCAUAAGUUUCAAAGUGGAUUAUCUUCAAUUUAUGCAAUUGAACUUUAAUAAAGAGAUGACUUUUAAAAUA